AUGGCGGCGCCCGGUGGAACAUUGAACUGUGAGGACUUUUCGAUGUUUCAGGAGGUGCUAAAGCUAAUGCGCACCAUGGAUGAUCGGAUCGUCCACGCCCUGAACACCACUGUGCCCACAGUCUCCUUUUCGGAUAAAGUAGACGCUACGCAAACUUGCAAGCAACUGUAUGAAUCGAUGAUGGAGGCACAUCUCAGCCGGGACAAAGCUAUCAAGUCGUGCAUCACGCACACGUCCGAAGUGGUGGGGCAACUGCGGGAGGCGAGAGCCAAGGAUGGCGCCGACGUGGCUCUUAUCAAGCAGCUCCGGAAAGAGCAGACCAAACUAAAACUCAUGCAGUCCGAGCUGAACGUGGAGGAAGUUGUCAACGAUAGGAGUCUAAAGGUUUUUAAUGAACGGUGCAGAAUUCACUACACGCCUCCCAAGGUGAAGUGA